ACAUCAAUAAUUGAAAUGUUUGGAAAACUAAGGUUUGGUUUGUGUGCUGUGUUGGUUUUUCCAGACCGCCUGCAGGAUUAUGUUGGAAAAGAGGAGGAUUUCUCUGACCAGCAGCUCUGUGGACAGGGGAGGAAUUCCAGUUUGGACCAAGAGGAACCAGAAGCUCUGCAGAUAAAAGAAGAGCAGCAAGAACCAGAACAUCCCUGGACUAAAGAGGAAACCAUGGAGCUCCCCAUAAUUCAGCAUGAAGAGCAGCUUGUUCUGAAGCAGGAGACCGAAGACCGAAUGGAGGAACCUUUCCAAGACCGCCUGCAGGAUUAUGUUGGAAAAGAGGAGGAUUUCUCUGACCAGCAGCUCUGUGGACAGGAGAGGAAAUCCAGUUUGGACCAUGAGGAAUCGGAAUAUCCGCAGAUAAAAGAAGAGCAUCAAAAGCCAGAACAUCCCUGGACAAAAGAGGAAACCAUGGAGCUCCCCAUAAGUGAGCAGAAAGAGCAGCUUAUUCUGAAGCAGAAGAUUAAAGAUACAAGAGAGAAACCUUUCCCAUGUUUGACAUGUGGAGAAAACUUUCUUAAAAAAUUGCAUUUAACGGUUCACAUGAGAACUCACACAGGUCAGAAGUUUUAUUGUCUGUCCUGUGGAAAAAUUUUCACAAAGAAAUCUAGACUUGAUAAACAUAUGAUAAUUCACACAGGUGAGAAGCCUUUUGAAUGUCUGUCCUGUGGAAAAAGCUUCACUCAGAAAUCUGAUCUUGAUAAACACAUGAGAAUUCACACAGGUGAAAAGCCUUUUUCCUGUACCAUUUGUAACAAUAAAUUCAAUCAAAAGGGUAGUUUGACUUUUCACAUGAGAAUUCACACAGGUGUGAAGCCUUUUGAAUGUCUGACCUGUGGAAAAGGCUUCUCUAAGAAAUCUAAUCUUGAUAGACACACCAGAAAUCACACAGGUGAGAAGCCUUUUGAAUGUCUGUCCUGUGGAAAAAGUUUCACCUCUAAGUCUGAUCUUAAUAAACACAUCAGAAUUCACACUGGUGAAAAGCCUUUUGAAUGUCCGUCCUGUGGAAAAAGCUUCACUAACAAAGCUAAUCUUGAUAGACACACCAGAAUUCACACAGGUGAGAAGCCUUUUGAAUGUCUGUCCUGUGGAAAAAGUUUCACCUCUAAGUCUGAUCUUAAUAAACACAUCAGAAUUCACACAGAUGAGAAGCCUUUUGAAUGUCUGUCCUGUGGAAAAAGCUUUACUGACAAAUCUUAUCUUGAUAGACACAUCAGAAUUCACACUGGUGAGAAGCCCUUUUCCUGUACCAUUUGUGACAGUAAAUUUACUCAAAAGAGUAGUUUGACUUCUCACAUGAUAAUUCACACAGGUGAGAAGCCUUUUGAAUGUCGGUCCUGUGGAAAAAGCUUCACUAAGAAAUCUCAUCUUUUUAGACACAUCAGAAUUCACACUGGUGAGAAGCCCUUUUCCUGUACAAUUUGUAACAAUAAAUUUACUCAAAAGAGUCAUUUGACUUCUCACGUGAGAAUUCACGCAGGUGUGAAACCGUUUGAAUGUCGGUCCUGUGGAAAAAGCUUCACUGACAAAUCUCAUCUUGAUAGACACUUCAGAAUUCACACUGGUGAGAAGCCUUUUUCCUGUACCAUUUGUAACAAUACAUUUACUCAAAAGAGUAGUUUGACUAAACACAGGAGAAUUCACACUGGUGUGAAGCCUUUUGAAUAAGUCACUGUAGUCAGAUGCCACAGGAAUGAACAGUAGAGGUGUUUACCACGUUUGACUGGUGAUAAAGUGUCCAUCUAGAAACUCCUUCACCUCAUUACAUGAGAAACUCACGGGUCAAAGUCACUUUUUU